GUUCAUAUAAGCUGCGGUCUUGCAGUCAGCAUCCGCUCUGUACUACGCUGGGUCACCGGGUACCGGCAAGUUUAACGUAAAACGCAGGCCGCAUUUACCUUUAGUAUCGUGUCAACCAUGUCGCCGAGGAAAUUCUUCGUUGGUGGAAACUGGAAGAUGAAUGGUGACAAGAAAAGCUUAGGCGAACUCAUAAAAACCCUCAACACAGCCACACUUAACCCUGACACCGAAGUGGUCUGUGGUGCUCCGUCGAUCUACCUUGACUUUGCUAGGUCAACGCUGGACUCAAAGAUCGGUGUCGCCGCACAGAACUGCUACAAGGUUGCCAAGGGUGCCUUCACUGGGGAGAUCAGCCCUGCGAUGAUUAAGGACUGUGGCGUGGAGUGGGUGAUCUUGGGCCACUCCGAGAGACGCCAUGUGUUUGGCGAAAGUGAUGAGCUGAUUGGCCAGAAGGUGGCCCACGCGUUAGAGAGUGGCCUGGGUGUGAUUGCUUGCAUCGGCGAGAAACUGGAUGAGAGAGAGGCUGGAAUAACCGAGAAGGUCGUCUUUGCACAGACCAAGGUCAUCGCAGACAAUGUUAAGGACUGGAGCAAAGUGGUCAUUGCCUAUGAACCAGUCUGGGCCAUUGGAACCGGGAAAACUGCCUCACCACAACAGGCCCAGGAGGUCCACGAGAAGCUCAGGCAGUGGAUGGCUACAAACAUCUCUGAGGCUAUGGCCAACUCUGUGAGGAUCAUCUAUGGAGGUUCUGUCACCGGUGGCACCUGCAAAGAGCUGGCAUCCCAGAAGGACGUGGACGGCUUCCUUGUAGGUGGAGCUUCCCUCAAGCCCGAGUUCGUCGACAUCAUCAACGCCCGUGCCUGAAGAUCGGAAGAUGCGGGACACCCAACGGUCCUGUCACAUGACCACCUACCGCACUUAGUUGUCGUCCCACCCCACCCCCCACUCUAGACCAGUUACUCCCAGUGUUUUGUGUGAUUUCUCCGUUUCUGUGGUGUGCUUUAAGGGACAUACUGACACUGCUGCUCUAGGGUGUAGAAGUACAAGAACAAAAUGUUCAUAUCGAGCACUGAAACGUCACGUGUAGGAUGCACGUCAGGUGCAAACUUGCUGUACGCGUAUGUCUUAAUAUUUUGGUGGAUCUGUAUGUUUCGUUAGCGUGACCCUCCCAUGUACUAGUGCAUGUCCCUCUAUCCCACUGGCUGUGAGGGCUGUCCCCAUGGCCAAUGGUUAGUCGAGAACUACUUGAGAAACGGUUUUAAUAAACGGUUAAGAGACUCAA